AUUUGCAGAGCACACCUCAUCUUUUGCAUGCUGCGCACCGGGAACCACUCUACUUGACAAAUAUUGUUAUUAUUCUUGCUGCGCAUUGGAUGCACCAAGCCGUCUGUGUGGAGUUGCAGGGGCAUCGGGGCCUAGAGGCAGGCCGCUGCGAAGCUACUGGGCUCGGAAAUGGCAGAGCAGCCCGUUUCGCCCGGCGUUGACGAGACUACGACCCAAGGAGUGGUCACCACUCCAUUAUAUGCUUCCUUUCCCCUCCCAGCUUCCAACUCACGCGCGAGCCAUGGCCACGCCGUGACAAUGGACGACAGCACGCGCAGCAAUGCCAUGUCGCCGACGCCCAGCGACCGCUCCGCCGCCGCCUCUCCCAAUUCGGCCCGGCAGCACCAUGCUGCGACACCAGCCAAUGUCUAUCCACCGCCCGCCUAUGUCUCUCCCUUCGGCGCGUCGCAGUCCGUGAGCCAGCGCAAGCGUCGCAUGAGCGACCUUGAGAGCAACGAUGAGGACCAGCCCGCCCGCCAGGAUAUGGACUUUUCCGAUGCCUCGCUCGCCCUCCUGAACGGCUUCCUGGACCAUCUACUGUACAGCAUCCUGCUCCAGGCGCGUUCUACGACGUUGACGGUGCUCCGGCCGGCUGUGACGGAAGUGCUCAGGUCACGGCUUGCCAGCGAGGCCAUUGCAAGCGCUGAUGAAGAGCUGUCAGAAUUACUGGCGGGCGGCGAGGAGGAGGAAGACGAAUUGAAUCAGAAGCAGAGUGUUUCGGAACGCCAGCGGAAAUGGGACACGGAGCUGGUGUGGAAGCGCACACGGCUACGAGUCAUGGUCUACAUUCGCUUUGGAGACAUUGAAGACGAAGACGAGGAGCGUUUUGUGCGCGAAGACGAGCUGUUCAAGACCGGCGACCGCCGAUUCUCGCAUUCGACCGGCCUCGUCUCCUGGGCAGCGGCGAUAUUCCUGACCUCGAUCCUGGAGUAUGUCGCGGAACAAUUGCUGCAAGUGGCUGCGCAGGCGGCCGAUAAUCGUGCACGACGUCUCAGCCGCACCUCGCGUGUCACAACGUCAGCUUCCGACCAGGUUACACCCGUGGAGGGUCUGGUUGUGCAUGAGCACGACAUGGAGAAGGCGGCCGUGCUGCAUAAAACGGCCGGAAGGCUGUGGCGCCAGUGGAGGAAGUCUUCGCGCGGUUAUGCUGUCGCUUCGCCAACUCCCACGAAUGACCGCAGCACCAGACCAAACGGCUCCUCUCGCAACACGAGUGGGGAUCACAUCAACGGUGCUGCCAUUAAUCCGAGGCAGAGCAGCGUGGGUGCCACCGAAUCAGGCUCCACAAUGGACGAAUCUCGGCCCACUUCCAGAAUGAUGCCAGGCGACAAGGAUGUUGUCGACGACGAAGCUGCCAACGACAUCGACUACCCUGAACAUGUGCUCGCUGCGAAUAUUCCUCUGCCCAUGGCGAACGAAGAGCGAGAUAUUGAGGAAAUUAACGAUCCCGAGCAUGUCAUCGCUGCGAGAAUUGCCUUGCCGAUGGCCGACGAGAAGCGGGAUAUCGAAGACAUCGAGUAUCCGGAACAUGUGAUUGCAGCGGCCACCCCACUGCCAUUGGUCGACGAGAAGCGAGACGUUGACGAGAUCGAGGUGCCUGGUCUGGCGAGAGAUCCCGAUGAGUUUGAUGCUGAAGAUUUCGAAGAAUUGGUGGCUCCGCGGAGGAACAGUUGGACAGGCUCUCUUUCUGUACCUGUAACUAUGAGCGCGGUUGCCUUGCAGGUAGAGGUUGGAGGGCAAACCGAUCCUGCCAUGGACACGUCGAUACCCGAACAGCCCGCGGACACGAAGCCAUCCACGCCUCUGCGCGCCCGCUCUUCUUCAGCCCCGAACCCACCGCCGAAGCGUUCGCCGCGCAUACUUCCAGCGACUACCGAUGAGUCAACAGCAGAAGCCGAGACUGGCGAUGUCCGCGAUAGCGACAGAGCGCAAGACGGGGAGAAUGCGCUGGAAUCAGAGGCCUCGGAUAACCCUACGCACAAGCAAGAAGUCCACCCAGCUUCAAGCCUUACUGCUGAGGGGUCGUCGAACAACGCGACAGGAGUAAAUCAUGAGAGCUUGCCUGCAGUUGUUGCCGCAGCAUCGGCCUCCGGCGUGGUCGCAGCGGCGGCGGUAGGAUCCGUAUCGCGCCUGUCGAAACCGAAUAGCACUGAAGAGCUGGAUGCCAGAAAUCGGGGUGCUGCAAACGAAGAGGGAAGCAUCGCGAUGGGUGCAGGAGCGCCGGAACAUAUCGACAAGCGAGACAGUCAAAAAGCCCUCCAGGACAUGAAGCGCAUGAGCCUGCCUGCAGGACAGAAUCUCGUGCGUAGGUCGACGAUGCAGCAAAAUGGCGAAGAGACCCCUCGUGUUGCGAAACGGAUGUCACUCACGCAAGCCGUGUUGAUACGGCCACCAUCAAACAAAGACCAGCUUCCAUCACCUGCCGCUUUGAACGAUGUCUCUCGAGACUCCACUCGCUCAGAUGGCGCCGAUGAGGAGCAGACGACUGAUAUAGGUCUUGCGAGGACGUCAGACACUGCAGUUUCGUCGCCUACAAAGGGAGAUUCGGAUGAGGGAGUCUAUCCUGCAAGGGAUGAAUUCACGAAUCAGGCGCCGCGUCGAACCACGCGCAUCGUGCUCGGCGACUCACCGGUGUCAUCGACCUCCUCGUUCAAGAACAGCCCACCAUUACAACAGGAAGAAGAGAAGGACACGACUACGCUCAGUCCAGAAUCAUUCCUGAAGCGUCGUUCACUUUCGGCGAAAGGCGUGAAGCAGGUCCAGCAUUUGAACCUUGUCGGUGCACAAGCGUUGCAGGACCAAAGCAGGCUGUCCACACCAAAAUCUUCGAUUCGGAUGAGCGCGUCAGAUAGCUCAAUCUAUGCGAAUGGGCCGGUGUCUCCCGUAUCAGACAAGCCGCCUUCACCAUGGCGACAGUCCUUCUCGGCUGCGAUCAAAGAGACUACUCAAUGGGCGUCUUCGUCGAAGAAGUCAGCCUUGGAGCCAGAAUCGAACGGUCCCGUGCAUGAACACCCCGCUCUGCAAAAGAAAGCCUCGAGAAGCCAAACAUCGCUGAAGGAGACGGAGAGCUUGCAGCCACUGACCAGUGCCAGUAUCCGGGGUCCCGAGGAUUUUGAGAUGUUUGUGCAAGGAGGCGACACCGUGAAAUACACCCUCACGCCAGAAAGUGUCAGGGAUGAUCCAUCGACUCCCGCAGCCGUGCCGAAGACGCCUCGCAGCGCGGAGACACAACCAUCUUCUCCGAACAACACAUCGUCAUUGCAAUCACCUGUUGAGGAUGCGCGAGUAGGCAGGAGCCAAGCCGCCAGGCAAGCGACUGGGGCCGACGCGAGUGCAGGUGCAGCGGAUGAGCGCGCUCGAUCCCCGACGAGCAAUAGGGACAAGCGAAGGUCGAUCAGCCGGCCUCCCGUCAGAAAUACCAGCGUGCAUAAGAGGAGUGGACUCAUGGCUCGCGAGCCACAAGUCCUCACUGAGUCGACAAGGGAUUUUGCAGACUUCAUUCGAUCUACAGGACCUGAUAGAGAGCCUGAGCUCCGACCUCUGCUCAGCAACCGGUCGACCACAUCCCUGCAACUUCUGCGAGACGCACACAGCAGUGGGUCGCGUUCACAAUCCCCGGCACCCUCUCGUGCUCGAAGCAUGAGCAGGUCCAACAUCGAGGCUGAAGAUCUGCCACCCGUCCCCGUCGUGCCGCCGCCAAUGCCAGCCGGAAACCGCGUUCGAAGCAAUAUGCAGCCACGAGCCCCGACUCAGACUGCUGAAGAUGGCACAGCAGAACUCAUUGACUUCAUCCGGAAUGGUCCUAUGAGCUCUGGUAUUACUGAAUCUGGCGACAAGAGACAACAUCGCAUCUCGCGCUCAGUGGCACCAUUCCGAACCACCAUGGACUCGGAUCAAAUGCAGGAAUGGGGCGAGCGGUACACACCACAACCUGAUCUUAAGAUCAACACGAGCAUGGGUGGCCCCAUCAACAAUUCCAGCGCUCGUAGCGUCCCGUCUUCACACAACUCUUUCCGAAACUCGGCCACUUCGCGAUCCGCACUAUUGCAGAACAGCGCCGGCACCACGCAGGACGUUACACAGCCAGCUUACGGCGACCAACCCCCGCGUCUCACUACUGUCAUACCACGAUCUGUCCAGCAAGCAUUUCCGACGCCAACUGAAGGAACAGGCAAAACGCGAUACAGGAACAAAGACCCGUACGCCAUUGACUUUGACGACCUUGAUGAUGACGAUGACGAUUUCUUUACCGCGUUGCCGAAAGGAAGACAACGCGAACAAGAGAGCUUAAUUGACUUCCUUCGUAACAGCGAGCCUCCUGAAACGAACAACUCGCGUUCUAAUUCCAAUGCCAACAACUCCGCAUCCCCGGCUGCUGCACGGCUUGGAACCACGCCACAAGCCCUGCAGACUUUUGGUGCCGAUGCAGUCAGCUACGGACGCAAAGGGUCAUUGCCGAAGAACGAUGGCCCGCAAGCUGCCAGAGCCACACCAGCUGUGCGUGGCAACGGCACUGCUACGAUAGCAGUUGGUCCGAUCACCAAACCUCGACCGAACUUUGGGGUCCCUGAUCGCGACGCGGAUUACACAGGACCUGGGGGCACACGAGAUCUCGCUGAUUUCUUCAAGCAUUCUGCACCCCCAUCGUCAUCGGGCUCCAAUAUGCCACGCAGCGCACAAAGAUCAGACAGUAAAGCAUCGAUUUCAAACAGCAAAUCGAGCAUCACGAGCUCGCAGAAGAGGAGCAGAAUGAGCUUUCUCGGAGGUGGCAUGAGCAGCAUUUUUGGGCGAGGCAGUCGGAAAGCCUAUCUCGACAUGUGAUGAGUUGGCGCUUUUUGUUGCGAUUCCAUUUCUUUUCUCUUUUCUUUUUUUGAAAUGCCACGGAAGGACAUGGCCACGGCGUUCACUUCAGGACUGUCCCUUGUGGAGAGGUCACUUGCGGAAAAGCGUUACGGAGUCGGAGGGGGCCAGACCCAGACUCAAAGAUACCAUCUGUUUCCUAUUUGUUCCUAGAUACUGGAGUGCAUAGCACGCGCGUGUUGUAAAGCUGUAUAGUCGGUGUAUGAUCGCUAUUGUGAUCCAGGCACUUUCCUG